GGCAGGCAAGCUGCGACCGGCACACACACAAAGAGUACUCUCCCUCACACACACAUUCUCUCUCUCUCACACACACACACACACACACACACACACACACUGCCCAGAGCUCCUCCAACCAGAUCUGGAACCUUUCAGCCCCAGGUGAAAAGACAGAAAGCGGAGGAGGGGAGUGGAGGCCGGCCAGAGGAAGAAGAAGGAGAGGGCAGGGGGGAUCAGUGAGAAGAAAAGAGCGAAAGACAGAACAGAACUACCUGUUAGUGAGAUCUGGGACUCUGCUGAAGAAACCGUGGGAGCUGGGAACACAGGCUAUAGGAUGAUUCUGCUGUCCUCUUGCUCCAGGAGGGCUGCAGUGGAGCCUUGACCGUCCUUGGUGGAAAGGGAGGGGGUGGGUGGCCACAACGGACACUGCCACGGCCACCACGCUGCCACAAUGUCCUCCUUGGUGUGCAACAUGGGGCUGGUGCUGGUAGAGUUUGAGUACGAGUACAUGGGCCGCGACGGGGUCCUGGUGUCCAUCAAGCCCAACGAACGCUACAUCCUGCUGGCCAAGACCAACGACCACUGGUGGCACGUGAGGAAGAACGAGCAAGCAAGGCCCUUCUAUAUACCUGCUAAAUACGUCAAGGAGCUCCCCGCAGAGUUCCCAUCCCCGCUGGACUUUGCUGACCCACCCAGUCCUGAUUUGGUCCCAAUUCCGGUUCCUGCGCCGGUGCCAGUGCCAGUCCCAAAGCACUCCAUACCAGACCGGGAAGAAACGAGGGCGGGAGAUGAGGUGACUAUCCGCCUCCGCUCCCCGAAGAGACAUCAGAAGACUGAGCACCGCAUGUCCACAUUUGGCGUACCCUUAGAAUUCCACGACCCGUCUCCCGGGGUGUUGAAGCACGGCGGGCUGAACAACUCGCUGCCGGGCCUUCACUCCUACGUUGCCCUUGAGGUUCCCUUAACAGUCCCCUCGUCUCAAGCCAGCAAUAGUGCCAAACACAAGAAGCAAUUAAGCCGGAGUUCCGGUGUGCUCUUCGGCUCCUCCCUGUUGGUGGAGGAGCCUCUCUCCCUGAACCCCCAAGCCCCCAGCUUCAGCCCAGCUGACCCCCUCCACCGGCCCUCCCAGGCCAUCCCAGUGGAGACGUCCAUCAUUCCUGAUGCCAAGGUCACCGGUGGCGGGAUUCCCCAUCAGCAACCUCUGAAAGAGCCGGAAUGUCCUCUGGAGCUGGAGGAGGGAGAAAAGGAUAAAUCUAGUGUGGAGCCUGAGGACGAAUCAAAGGAGGACUCUGAGAAUAUUUAUGAAUCCAUAUUGGACCUGAAGCUGGAUGAGUCCCCUAUAAUAGUAGAGAAGACCCCGACUGUGAGACCUGCUGCUGUGGCUGAACCUAAACCUGUUAUCGCUCCCACUUCUCCAUCUCCAACACAGACACAGGUGGAAAAUGCCAGCCCCAACACUGCUGUUUACGCCAAUGUCACCGAGCUGAAGAAAAACAUCCCACAAUCCCCUCCGUUAGUAGCUCUGAGUCCUGACUUGCCCCUUACCCAGGAGGGAUGGCAGGUGCACACUGACAAGGACAGCGGGAAAGAGUUCUAUUACCGCCCAGCCACGGGCCAAACCACUUGGGCCGACCCCCGCAGCACCCUCCCCUCCACAGACAUGGAGCUGCCCAAGGAGGCGUUGGCUGUCCCGGCCCUGUCCCCGGCCCUGUCCCCGGCCCUUUCCCCGGCCCUUUCCCCGGCCCUGUCCCCGGCCCUGUCCCUGGCCCUGUCCCCGGCCCUGUCCUCGGCCUCAUCCCAGGGUUCCAACUGGGAACAGGUGUUGGAUGAGACUACCGGUCGAAACUACUUCUAUAAUCCCACCUCUGGGGCCACGUCCUGGGGAGCUCCGGAGCCCAUCUCCCCCUCCUCUCCUGUUACUGAGCCUCCUGUGCUGAAGCUCCCAGACAGAGGACCGCCCCCUCUCCCAAAGGAAGACUACCUGACAGAAGACCACGAGGCUCCAGACCCUUCCUCCUCGGUGUUCCCCAAAGACCUCCUGCCAAUUCCGCAGGCUAAACAGGCCGUCAUACCUCGGGCCACUCUAGACAGUGUCCCGGUGGGCUGGAAGCGCUCCAUGGAUGCAGAUGGGAAGACCGUAUUCACCAGCGAACGCACACAGGAGCAGUGGCUCAAGUCUGUGGAUCAAGAAGGAAAGACGUACUACUACCUGAGAGACGGCUCCAGAUCCCAGUGGAACCUUCCAGCAGAGCUCCCGGUUGCAUCCAGUCUGCCCAAGGUGAGGAAUGGAGUGGACCAGGAUAGUCCGCCAGUUCUGAAGAACUGGAGACACACCAUGGGCCCAGCUCAGUUUGGCCCCUCCCAAGAAGACAACAGGUUCUUUCCAACACAUAGGAGAAACGUUUCGGACGUCACCAGUGAAGCAUCCAGCUCAGGCAACUCCCCUGAGAUGCCACACCAUACUGAUAGGUUGGGAGCACGGAGUAGACUGUCACAUCUGAGCACAGACUCGCAUCAUGAGCAUACACAUCUACUGGAGAAGGCAGGGAUCCUGAACAAAACCAAGGUGGCCGACAAUGGGAAAAGAAUUAGGAAGAAUUGGAGUCCGUCAUGGACAGUGCUGCAUGGAGGCAUUCUAACGUUUCACAAAGACCCAAAAUCUGCACCCUCGGGAAACUCUAACAAGACCAAUCAGAUCACCCCAGAGUACACAGUGGAGCUGCGGGGAGCCACUGUGGGCUGGGCCCCCAAGGACAAGUCCAGCAAGAAGAACGUUCUGGAGUUGAAAACGCGUCAUGGGUGUGAGUACCUGGUCCAGUACGACACAGAGAGCAUCAUUUGUGACUGGCACAGGAUCAUACUGGACACCAUCAGACAGCUGGACCAAGAUCACUUGUCGGAAGAGGAAGAGGAGGAGCCUAUGGAGAAAUCUCCACUUGCUUCAGACAGAGACAAGAGGACCAGCUCAGCCACCAAAAUUACACCAGGCAUCAGUGCCGAGUCAUCAGAUCAGGGGCGUGUCCGCACCAAACUACGCAAGUUCCUCCAGAAGAGGCCCACACUGCAGUCAGUGAAGGAGAAGGGCUACAUAAGAGAUAAUGUGUUUGGUUGUCAUCUGGACACGCUGUGCCAUCGAGAGAACAGCACUGUGCCCAGGUUUGUGGAGAAGUGCAUCAGGGCAGUGGAGAUUAGAGGUCUGGACAUUGAUGGGAUCUACAGAGUUAGUGGGAAUCUAGCUGUCAUUCAGAGACUACGCCACAAAGCAGAUCACGAGGAAAAUCUGGACCUAGAGGAUGGUCAGUGGGAAGAGAUCCAUGUGAUCACGGGGGCGCUGAAGCUCUUCCUGAGGGAGCUGCCUGAACCUCUCUUCCCUUACAGCUUCUUCGACAAGUUUAUCGCUGCCAUCAAAAUCCAGGACUACCCUCAGAAGGUGUCGUACUUCCGUGAUCUGGUGAGGUCCCUUCCCCUGCCCAACCACGAUACCAUGCACCUCCUUUUCAAACAUCUCCUCAAAGUGAUUGAGUUUGGGGAAAAGAACCGUAUGUCAGUCCAGAGUGUGGCCAUCGUGUUUGGCCCUACGUUACUCAGGCCCCAGACUGAGUCGGCCAACAUCACCGUUUACAUGGUCUUCCAGAACCAGAUUGUGGAGCUCAUCCUCAAAGAGUUUGAGACGGUGUUUGCCCCCAGCUGAGACAUUUUCUAUGGCAUCCAUGAAUCAAGAGGGAUGGAGACAAUGGGGAUAAGUCCUGGGAAAAGACUGAUGGUUACAUGGGUUGCUAGAUUUGGUAAAGGGAGUUUUUUUUCUGUCAGUGAACUAGCCUUUAACUGUGGAAGUUCCAAGUCUUCAACCUUCAUCCCAAGUUUCAAACUCGUGCUGUCCACCCAUCCAUUCAUCCAUCUGUUUUGGUACUUCCACUCAAAAGAACAUUGACAAAAAGGAAGUUAUGGGAAAAUGGAUGAACAUGUUGACAUAUCAAAAGUUUACCAUGGAUCCGAUGACAAUACCUGGCAAUAGGCAUCAUGUUUAGUUUUACAAAGAAAAUAUAUAUUACAUGUAGGUGUACAUGUAUUUGGGGGAAUAUUCUGAUGUUGUAUCCAUGGUUUGGAGUGACAUAUCUGAGACAGAUCGGUCUUUUUAGUGGAUGACCUCUUAACUAUAUGUUAAAGUCUAUGAAAAAUAUAAAAUAUUGUAUACCUUUCCGAAUAUUACCAAAUCAACAAUACAACUAUGAGAUAUUCCUUAUCAAACGAAUUUAAAUGGUUGUUGUUGCUUUCCUUUUGGCGAGCCAUAUAGAUAACAUACCUUGGCCUUGACUGUAAAGUUAUUUGAUUACAUCCUCCUUUAGAAAAAGGCUGUGGAUUUAUCAAGGAAUACCACUUGCGACUAUAUUGUGGUUCAUUAUGCAUAACGUGGCUGUACGUUAUGGGCAGUACAUAUGAAAUAUUAUGAUAGAGCAUAACUGUACAUUAUGGUUGUUUUAUAGUAUUAAUGUUAUUUCUGAACAAGGAUAAGAACAAUAUAUCAAGAUAUUUUGAACAACUUUUUUUCUCUGUACAUAAGAGUUCAUUUUACCUUAUAAAUGAAUGUUCUUCUAAUAAAAGAACGUCAUUUCUGUCAAUGUUUCUGUCCAAAAGGCUGUGAAGUAUUUGUGGUUAAUCAUAUCAGUAAUGUCAGUUAAUCGAAUCAGAUCUGUAGCUCCACCCACCGGUGAAGUGGAGCAGAGCAUGCUGGGCGAUCUACAGCUCAGAGAAUAAGAUCAGUAGUCAGAGUAAGUUCCAGCCAUCCUUGUCGUUUCCCACCAGUUAGCUUUCAUUGUGUUAGCAGACGCACCCCCACACACACACACACUUUGGUUAAAGCAAGUUGCCAGACCUCUAAGUGCCUUAGUUCAUUCAUACUACAUACACUGUGCGGUGCUGUUCUGUGCUGGUGCAUCUUCAGCAUUAUUAAACCACCUCAACUGGAAUCCUACCUGUCUGUCAUCUGUGCCCUUACCAGCACACAGGAACAAACACAUGAAGUAAAACCUAACCUAAAGAACAUACAGUCCACCAAGUCCUCACUUGCAAUUAUUUAUUUUACCUUGAAAAUAAUUGAGGAUUAAUUAAAUUGACAACAUGAUGACAAUAAUUAGCCUAUAUCACCCCGAAUAUCAUUAAUCAAAAGUAUUGAAAGUAUUUGCAAAGCAUUACGCUACACCCAUAAUAAAAUCUGCUAAACAUGUGUAUGUGACCAAUAAAAUUUGAUUUGAUUUUGAAGACAACGUUUAGAUAGAAUAAUAUAAUUUUAAUGAACUGUGAAUGGCUGGAGUAAAGUCUACUUUCCACUAAUUGGUGAUCUGCGCAGCGCGACUGCAAUAAAAACGUGCUGGAACGCAGCCAGAAUGUGUGGGCUUUGUAGGCUACUCCAAAACGAUAGAGGGCGGAAAUGCACCAGAUGUUGGGCUGUCCAGUACAUUCACAAACCAAAGAACGUAAAAAAAAAAACGUACGUCACUUCUAUCAGACACACAACAACACUAAAAUGGCGGCUGAAGGAGUUGAAGAGGUCGCUUCUAAAGAGCAACUUACAGCGGCACAGAAACAACUUCUCGGGAAAAGACAAGAUCUCGACUAUUGGAAGAAAAACGCGCUAAGAAUACGUAGUCGCAACCGCAUAACUGGACUAGCUAUCGGGGCGUUUGUCAUCGGCAUGUUCAGCUACACUAUCCUCUCAGUGAAGCAGGAGAGGAUCAUGGAGGACAUUGAUAACGAGGCAAAGAUCAAUUACAUCAGAGGCCCCAGGACCGGGACCAACUCUUAAGGAUGUUCCCAGCUCCCUCACCUGCACAGGAACAGUGGAAGCUGAGCUCACACUGAACUGGACUGUCAAUCUGCCAUAUGCAACUGUGGCCAAAAGAUACACACUUGUUUUUGAAAGGUGGAGGCGCCCAUCAAUUUGUUAUUUCAAUAUGCAUUGUAGAGAUAGAUGUAACCUUGCACAUGCUCUAGACCUGGAUACCCUGCAAACUGGUUUCUGAAUAUAAUAUAACUUGUUAUAUAAUAAGAGGUUGUUUAAGAAUAUUACAUGGUUUGUGUAUUGUGCAACUAAUUGGCCUCGUAAUAUAGGAGAAAGCUUACGUGUUGGGCUAUUCCAUGAUAUUCGGAUGUUAUAGAAUGGUUGUGUAUAGAAUGUAAUGAAACGUAAAGCUGCAAUCAGAUGAUUAGUGUGUAAUAAAUUGUUUACUUACUU